UCACUAUAUAUUGACUUAUUGUAGCUCUAAGUUUUGGACGUGUGCUCAUCGAAAUUCUGUCGCAAAAGUUUUAAUUUCGUUAAAAUGUUUACGUUUAUAACUGCUUGAUUCGGACCAUGCUCUUUAAAAUGUCUGGAUUGAAUAGUUUGCUUUCCAGAGCUUUAGUGCUGUGCACAUUGGCUGUAGUUUGCACGUGUUAUCCAUAUUUACGGGAAAAUUUUCCGAACGGAAAGAACGUACCACAUCCGUGCAUCAAAGGAGACAUUUGGGAAGGGGUCGGACAUGAAAAUUCGAGAGGGGCGGGAACAAGAAACAUCUUUGGGAUGGACUUUGAAAACAAUAACCUGGUAUGGGACGCAGAACUCUGCAAAAAGGAUUCGGACGGAGAUGGAAAAACAAAUGGCGAGGAACUAGGCGAUCCUGACUGCACGUGGACUCCAGACACGAACCCGAAAUACACUACCGGACUGUCGCAUCCAGGUAUCUGUGAACCUUUUGACAGUCCCCAAUGUGGCGGGAAACCAUCUUUCGUCAAUUGUCAGGACACAGGAAAUUUCCAGUGCGACGCAGUAAAUGAGCCAGAUACGUUUAACUACACGAUCCGGUUCCCGGAGACACCGGUACCAGCAAAAGAGACAACCUAUAUCUGUGUCACGUUCGAGCUCCCCAAGGACAAGCAGUACCACCUAGUGGCCGCUGCACCGGACAUAGACAACUUGCAUGUCAUGCAUCACAUAUUGAUCUUUGGUUGUGAAGGAGCUGACAAAGCUCCCAGAAAUUUAAUGGAACCGGAAGAAUGUGGCGCGAUUAUGGGUGGCUGUCGAGAACUAAUUGCAGCGUGGAGCGCCGGUGGUAUAGGCCAAUGUCUUGACAAGAACAUGGGGUUUCUUGUAGGAGCAGACAAAGGGCUGAAAUAUGCGGUGAUGCAGCAUCACUGGAACAACCCGCAGGAAGUUACCGACUAUACAGACAGUUCCGGAAUGACACUGUACUUGACUCCGAACCUCCGACCAAACAACGCAGGAGUACUUAUCACCGGUCAGGGUAGCCUUGACAUUCCUCCAGGGCAGAGUUCUUACCCUGUCACAGGUUCAUGUGGCGCAGACUGUUUGUCACAGAUGAUGGACGGCAACAUUUAUGUGUCACAGGUUGCCAAUCACAUGCAUUUACUCGGGGCAGCACAGCACACAGAGCUGCGUCGAAACACCGCAUUUAUGAUGUAUCUUGCGCAAGACAAGGUGUAUGACUACAAUACGCCUGUUACACAUAUUCACAGUGAUCCUGUUAUGAUACAACCGGGCGAUGAGCUGAAGACUACGUGUAUAUAUUCUUCUAAAACCAGGACAACGACAACGAAAUUUGGGGACGCCACGUCUGACGAAAUGUGCCUAGCCUUCUUCACGUACUAUCCGAAAGAAAAUCUGAGGACUGGCAUGUGUGUGUCAUGGAAGAGCUUAAGUCACUGUGAAACGAGACACAAGGAUGUGGUUCGUGGGUGUGAAAUACGUAAAAUGUUAAAUCUUCUUGAUCCCGACACAAUAAAAGUUUAUGGGAAAGUGAACGAGCUAUGCGAUCCGGGAGAAUGUCACAAGGAAUGCUUCGACUAUGUGAAAGAAUUAAAGCAACAUCCCUGUUUCUCCGGAGAUGUUGGUAAAUUACUCAGAUCAUUCUCUACUGGAAAAGGCACAGUCGGACUAGAAAUGGUAGCAUGGUUUGCUCGACUUGACUCCUGUGACGUUGAACUCAUGAAAGAGAAACGUGGGGAUAUCAACGCCGGUUAUACCACUACGUCUUCUUACACAACAUUGCUUCUGGUCUUAAGCCUGCUUUUGAUGUAUUGUUAAACUCAACACUUUUCUUUGCUUAUCUGACCUUGUAUCUCCACAAACGACCUACUACUGAAGCAAAUAAAAAACGUCAUGACAAUGUUACAAAGAUAAAACUCGUGAAUAUUACAGAAAUUUGCACAAAAGAACAUUUUCAGCUUUAUGAAUAAUACGACCACUGUACAAGAAGCUUAACAGAGUGACACCAUCUGGAGUAGAUAGUGGUUAUUGAAGCCUUUUUAUACCCAUAAGAGCACAGAUUUGUUAAAGAGGGAUGAAAUCUGACAGACUGAUCAGUGAGAAAGAAUAAUUCAAGUACAUAUCUUUUUUGUGCUAUAAAUGCAAUCUUAAAUAUAUAUGUUUUUAACUGAUGUAGCUAAAAUGUUGAUAACAAACAAUAAAACUUUGUCAUGCACUUCUGGCUUUCAAUUUAACUUGGCACAAAUGGUCUUUAUAUAACAUAACAAUUUGUCGCAUACAA